UCGUCGGCCGGGCCGCGGCGCCGGCUCCCAGGAUGCAGUGUGGACCGGCCGGGCGCUGACGGCGGCGGCGCGUCUGCGGGCGGAGCGGCGGCAGGCCGGCCACCGAGGAGCGCGGCGGGGAAGGCAGGGCCGGGCCGGCGCCGCCUGCGGAGAGCACCGAGCGGCCGGGCCUGCGAGGGGCCGCGCGCGGCGGAGGCGGCGGCGGCGGCGACUUCCUCCGGGCCGGGCCGGACAGCGCAGGGCCAUGGCCGAGGCGGCCGCGGCUCCGAUUUCUCCGUGGACAAUGGCAGCUACGAUUCAGGCCAUGGAGAGGAAGAUUGAAUCGCAGGCUGCCCGCUUGCUUUCUCUAGAAGGUCGAACUGGGAUGGCUGAGAAGAAGCUGGCCGACUGCGAGAAGACGGCCGUGGAGUUCGGGAACCAGCUGGAGGGCAAGUGGGCCGUGCUGGGGACCCUACUGCAGGAGUACGGGCUGCUGCAGAGGCGGCUGGAGAACGUGGAGAACCUGCUGCGCAACAGAAACUUCUGGAUCCUGCGGCUGCCCCCAGGAAGCAAGGGGGAGGUCCCCAAGGUGCCCGUGACCUUUGAUGAUGUGGCCGUGUAUUUCUCCGAGCAGGAGUGGGGCAAGCUGGAGGACUGGCAGAAGGAGCUCUACAAGCACGUGAUGAGGGGCAACUACGAGACGCUGGUCUCCCUGGACUAUGCCAUCUCCAAGCCCGAGGUCCUCUCCCAGAUUGAACAAGGGAAGGAGCCGUGCAGCUGGCGUCGCACUGGCCCCAAGAUCCCAGAUGUUCCUGUGGACCCAAGUCCAGGCUCGGGAGCCCCGGUCCCUGCCCCUGACCUCUUAAUGCAGAUCAAGCAGGAGAGUGAGCUCCAGCUCCAGGAGCAGCAGGCCCUGGGCGUGGAGGCAUGGGCAGCCGGGCAGCCAGAUAUUGGGGAAGAGCCCUGGGGCCUCAGCCAGCUGGACUCCGGAGCAGGAGACAUCUCCACGGACACUACCUCUGGCGUCCAUUCCAACUUCUCAACCACCAUCCCGCCCACCUCCUGGCAGGCGGAUCUCCCUCCCCACCAUCCUUCCUCAGCAUGCUCGGACGGGACCCUGAAGCUCAACACCGCAGCCUCCACGGAAGCAGAUGUAAAAAUUGUGAUAAAAACAGAAGUCCAGGAAGAGGAGGUGGUGGCCACACCCGUGCAUCCUACUGACCUAGAGGCUCAUGGGACCCUGUUUGGACCAGGCCAAGCCACACGGUUUUUCCCUAGUCCUGUCCAGGAGGGCGCCUGGGAGAGCCAGGGCAGUUCCUUCCCCAGCCAGGACCCUGUGCUGGGGCUGCGAGAGCCUGCCCGGCCUGAGAGGGACAUGGGUGAGCUCAGCCCUGCCGUGGCCCAGGAGGAGACCCCUCCCGGGGAGUGGCUCUUCGGCGGGGUCCGGUGGGGCUGGAAUUUUCGGUGUAAACCGCCAGUGGGCCUGAACCCAAGGACUGGGCCUGAGGGGCUCCCCUACUCCUCCCCAGACAACGGCGAGGCUGUUCUGGACCCCAGCCAGGCCGCGAGGCCCUUCAACGAUCCCUGUAAAUACCCUGGCCGGACCAAAGGCUUUGGCCACAAGCCAGGGCUGAAGAAGCACCCAGCAGCGCCCUCAGGGGGCCGGCCCUUCACCUGCGCCACGUGCGGGAAGAGCUUCCAGCUGCAGGUCAGCCUGAGCGCGCACCAGCGCAGCUGCGGGCUGCCAGAUGGCGCGGGCCCCGGGACAGGGACAGGGACAGCGGGUGGCAGCGCGCGGGACAGCAGCGCCCUGCGGUGCGGGGAGUGCGGCCGCUGCUUCACACGCCCCGCGCACCUCAUCCGCCACCGCAUGCUGCACACGGGGGAGCGGCCCUUCCCCUGCACCGAGUGCGAGAAGCGCUUCACCGAGCGCUCCAAGCUCAUCGACCACUACCGAACGCACACGGGCGUGCGGCCCUUCACCUGCACCGUGUGCGGCAAGAGCUUCAUCCGCAAGGACCACCUCCGCAAGCACCAGCGCAACCACGCGGCGGGGGCCAAGGCGCCGGCCCGCGGCCAGCCGCUGCCGCCGCUGCCUGCCGGGCCCCCGGACCCGUUCAAGAGCCCGGCCUCCAAAGGACCCUUGGCCUCCACAGACCUCGUGACCGACUGGACUUGUGGUCUCAGUGUGCUGGGACCCACUGAUGGCGGGGACCUGUGAGCGCCGUAGCCCCGCAGCCACACGUGUAAAAAGCCCCGUUUGCAGACAGCAGGGUGGCCUCGGGAGCUCCCAGGCGGAAACGGAGACUGGGGAACCAAAUUUCCAAGUUGCUGAACUGAUCACUGGAAAAAGAGAAACUAUCAAACAAUGCAGCUUCCACCUCCAAACAAAGUAGAAUUCUCUGAUUGUGAAAUACAAGCACCGUAGAAUUUUAAGUAA